AUGUCCAGCACCCGUCGCCUCGACGAUGAGGACGUGGACGUGUACUUUGCCCAGCAUGACAUCCAGAGCGUCGUCAGCGACAUGUUGUAUGAGCUCGGCUACCACCGACCAGAGCAGGUGGGACCCUUUCUGGCAACCUUUGUCGACCGCCGCUUUGAGCUCGACGGAGCGGUGUCCCGAACACGAGGCGGUGGCAGUCGAAAUUCUGCCUCGGACAGCUUUGACACCCUCACCGUGAACGCCUCAUCGUCGCACCCAACUUCGGAGGAGGUCAUCGUGGGUCAGAUGCUGCUAGAGAUCCGCUCCCUGCGUCGCAAGUAUUCUGACUUUGCUGCAGAGGUCACCCAAGGCAAAGGUGAUCACGGCAGCGCAGCUUCGGUGUCUGUCAUCGCGUGGCACGAGUUCCACAGCGACUACGAUCGCCUGCUCAUGCUGCUCAGCAAUUCCAUGCUGUGGAAAUUCUGCCAGCGGCGUUUAGCCAUGCUCCGGGGACUCUUCGAGGCACACCGGGCGUUGAACGCGCAUGUCGAGGAGGAGGAGGCUUUCGGGGCAGCACCUGCUCGAGUGGAUGGUUGUCUCCGGGUCGGCCGAUUGCUGCCACCUGGAAGGCUGAUGGCCUUCUUCCAAAGCAAGCGCAGCGACUCCAGCGAGGAGGCGCAGCAGGAUGCCUUGAACGAGCUCCUGCUCGAGUGGCAGGGUCGACCGCCGGGCGCCCGAGUGCUGUUCUGUGACCUAUGGACUAGCAAACAAUCCAAUGCGGAAAGCUGUGGUCACCGAUCGUGUGGCAUGAUGCCGUUUACAAGCGCAAUCACGCCAAUGUGA